AUGUUGCAGCGGCGCGGCCCCAGAAACGGGGCGGUCGCGGCGGAGCGGGAGCGAGAGCGAGAGCGGCGGCUGCUCGACAGGUACAGCACGCUGACGGACGCCAGUGAGGCGACCACGCGGGCGGAGUCCCCCGCGAGUCAGCCGUCAGCGCAGCGCGUCGAGGAGAACGGCAGGGGGCCCCACCCGCCGCAGCGCGAUGGGUGGCGGCCGCGGCAACCGGCGGGGGGCUCUUCGCCGGCGUACCCCACGCGAGAGCCCGCGACGAAGCCGCUCGCCUGCGCCGGCGCCAAUCCGAACACGUCAUUGGCGACGUCGUCGUCCUCCGCGCAGUCGUGCACCACUAGUGACUUUCGCCUCGUUGAGCAGGAGCUGAAGGAGCUGCUGAGCGGGUGUCACCGCCUUGUCAACUCCGCGCGUGGCCGCAGCCCGUCAAGGGAGGAAAGCGCCGUAGCGCCGGCCACAGCCGCGUCCUCGGCGUCGCGCUUGUCGUCACCGAAGCCAAACGUCGUCGCCGCCGCCGCCUCUCCCGUAGCUGUGGUUGCUCACAAGGCGGGCAGUGAUGGCAGCGCGGCGCGAGACGGCGAUGGCGGGAAGGCCCAAGACGCCCACCAAGUCCUCCGCUCCGCCACCUCGCUGCCCAUUUCUAGCGUGCAUGGGGAGCGUUCCACGGACAGCACCCCCACCCCGUGUCUUCAGCUGCAGCAGGAGAAUGCCUCUGCGAGAAAUGCUGUUGGGGGGAGUGAAAUUGCGGUGUGCAUUGGCGCCUCGUACGACACCAAUCCCUCCGCCCGCGUGGAAAGCCCUGUGGACCUCUUUGCGGAUGCGCUGACGGAGGAUCAACUCAGUCGCUCCUUCGAGAUGCAGCUGCAACGAGAGCAACAGAUGCAGCUGCUUCAGCAGCAUCUCCAACCCGGUGUCUUAUCGCUGCAGGAAACACCAAAUAACCCGCGCACUACGAUUCCGCUGCCUUCCACUCCGAUUGUAGAUGAGGAAGAUGGACAUCCUGCUACGCGGCGCGAGCCAAGUUCUCCCAUGCCGCUCUUCACCAACGGCGACAACAACAGCCUUGACUACGUCCGACACAUGGUGAAGGCCUGUCGCGGAUUGUACGACAGCCGCGUCUACACGGCGUACCGCUACCAGGAAUAUCCUAACAACCGCGGCAAGCCGAUGACGGCGGAUGUCAGCGGAAGCAAGGCGACCACGGAAGAAGUUGGGCUGAGCGAUCCACAGCACACCGCAUGUCCGCAGAGGUCUGCCCAACGCAGUGCGGAGGUCAGCGUUUGUCCACUUACACUAGGCGAGCACAAUACCUUCCUUGACCAUCGUGUGGCCCAUGUGAACUGCAAGGCGAUGACGCAACUGCAAUGUCGGUCGGCUGCGUCGCGCCGCCGUCGAGAGGCGGUGAAUAGUACGACGCCAGAAAUUGCUACGAGUGCGAGACACACGGAGAACCCUUCUAUGCGCAGUGGAGCCACAGGCGGUAAGCGAGCCCCCAUAGUGGCGGCAACCGCAGAUGCAGCGACGUUUCAACACCUCUCGGGGAACGUGAAGCGGGCUCCAGUAGGGCAAGGCUGGGGUGUAGAGGUUGCGGGUGGUGCCGCCCGCAAUGGCGGCGUUGAGCACGUGGCGUUGGCGGCACCGUGCCCUGAAACUGUUGCGGGUGCGACAGUAAAUAAUGGCCUUGAUAGAGGUAAACAGGAACACACGCUGCAACAACUACAGCAGCGGCAGACGCAGCCGCAAUCGUGGUUCUGUCGUCGGUACCGUCGUGACCACAAAACGAAUGGGAGGCACGCACUGAAUUGUCACGUGAGUGCGGCUACCCGCUUUCACGACAUGGUGGAGCGUCAGGUGGCGGCCUUUGAGGACGCCGCUGACUCCACAUCUCCGCUACCGGCCUUUGCGGAUUCACUGGUUGGUGCCGCCAUCUCUGACGUUUGUCCCGCGGUGAAGCGGCGCCAGGCCCAGCUGAAGGAGUCGCAGCAUGCCGAGGAAAGAGGGGCGACGCUGACGCGUCACACGUACCGGGGUAGUCUAGGGACGAUCACAACCACGUCCAGCACCGCGGCCACGCUCACCCCUAACGUGCGGAGCCCAUGGGACUCCCGCGGCUACCGACACCAUCGCCUCGCCGACCGCGCGCCCCAAACUGUGGGACGUCACGGGUCCGGCGCCGGGGCCACACGCGUGCAGCACCGGCCACCGCGGCACCGGGAACGGCUCCCUAUCCACGUGGCACACACCGAACGAUAA